AAAUCCGCAUGUGCUACCGUCGCAUGAUACCCACACACACAACCAUGGCUGCCGUUGCUUUCUGUGGAGAGUGGUUUAUUUUCGCCUGUGACAAGAAACUCGUUGCAACUCACAGCAAACAGGCCAGAGACGUGUUUGUGUUUGACUGCAGCACUGCUGAGAAGAAGCCAAAGAAUGGGAAGGAUGAUAACAGCAGUGAUGGCGGUGCCUCAGAGGAAACAGGAAGUGACAAAGUCCUUGCCUUUGCCGUGUCUUCAUCUGGAAAGCUAGUGGCGCUGACUGAUGACACCAAGAGACUUGUCCUGUUUCGCUGUGAGCCGUCAUGGCAGUGUAUCAGCAUCAGGUGGGUGGUGAGGAGGUGUACCUCCCUGAUGUUCAGCCAGGCGGAGGACGAGCUGCUGGCGACUGACAAAUCAGGAGAUGUGUACUCCUUCUCAGUGUUGGAGCCGCAGAGAGAGGGAGAGCUGAAGAUGGGCCACCUGUCUAUGCUGUUAGCUGUAAGCAUGUCGCCAGACGACAAGUACCUCAUCACAGCAGAUCGUGACGAGAAGAUCAGAGUGAGCCACCUCAGGUCGCCAUACAACAUCCAGUCCUUCUGCCUGGGACAUCAACAGUUUGUCAGUGCUCUGCUGGUCCCUUCAGGUCAUCCACACUGGCUGCUGUCUGGAUCGGGGGACGGGAGCAUGAAGCUGUGGGAGUACGAGUCUGGGCGUAAGCUGCAGAGCUGGGACCUCAAGGAGCUUGAAGAUGCACCGAGCUCUGAGGCUGUCAAACACAAGGCAACUGUAUGCCGUAUCACCAGCUCUCCUGACUCUCGCUAUGUAGCUGUGCAGUGUGAGAGAGUGUCCACCAUUCAGUUUUUUACCCUGGACCAGGAGGGCGAAGAGAAGCUGUUGCCACAUAGCAGGCUCUCCCUGCCCCACUGCCCCCUGGACAUGGCCUUUGACCCGGAGGGCCGUCUCUGGGUGCUUAUGGACUCCAGUGAUGCACCACUUCAAAUGUACACACUCAAACAAGACUCCUGGGAGUGUGAUGCUGGGAGCCCUGAACUGAACAGAGUGACUGAAGCCUUCAAGCCACACUUGGAGACACUUGAGGCCUCCACAAGGAUCGACAGCCGCUUUGAGCAUCUGUACAAGGUGAGCUUUGACAAUGUGACGGCAUACCUGCAGAAGAAGCAGCAGAGACUGGAGGAGCAGCAGCUGAAGAGGGUGAUGGCACAGAAAGCAAAUGGCAACAAGAAGGCCAAGAAGGAGACGGCAGAAGCUGGAAUUCAGUCAUCCACCUGAAUGGACACUUUGAGAGAGAACUAUUACUUCCUUUAUGUUUGGUGAUUGUGUCUAAGUUCCAUGUGUGCAUCGAUGAAGCCCGUGGGGAGCAUGUGCCCCUGUAGAGGGAUUUCUUUUUUUUUUUUUAUGUUCUUGAUGAUUUUGAAAAGUAAAUGUUGCAGCUAAGAUUAAACUAUACCUUCUGUUUCUGCCACACUUGCUGAAUGACACAUUAUAUUUGUGAAUGUGCACCUUAUGCCCUCUCCACAGUCACUGCUGCUCCUCACUCUCAACGUCCUGUGCAUUACAUCACAUUUUGUCAUGUUUUUGUUGCAUGAAGUAGACAAGUAGUAGUGUUUUCCAGCUCUCUCAGUGUAACGGAAUUGUUUCCUGGUCUGGACAGUUUUUAAGCGAACUUUCUAAUAAAAAACAAUUUAAAAUAUUGAUAACAUGAUCAAUAUAAUAAAAUUGUA